AGGCUGGUCUUGAGGUGAUAAGGUGACGAGGAGAGCCUAGACGACAGUAUGGGUACAUUGUCACGAACGACUGGUCAGGCUAACCUUGUUGUUGACGAGACAUCUUGUGGCCCAAUGUGUCAGCACCCUGCAUGCUGGCAAUCAAACCAGAGACAAGAAAAGGGAUUUCCAAAAAGAAGGGAAGACCAACCAUCUACACCUGGAAAAGAUCUUGAGUUGCCUACACAGACAGUCUACAACAUUCUUGAGGAUUUUGGAGAUGACCCCCGUGAUCGUUUCCCAGCGAAAUAUAGUGGCCAACAAGCACAUGAGAGGGUGACAUCUUCCCUGCCAUCUCUGCCAAAAUCCAUCUCACAAACAUGCUUGAAGACAUGUGACCCAACCCCAGCCAUCACCAGCAACAGCCGUGAGUGUCUGGAGUCAAAGAAGAAGUCCAGGUUACGGGUGGUGGAGGUGCAAGAGGUGUUUGACGUCGACGACCUCAACAACAAGUGGGAUGAGACCUUCCUCACCCGUCAGUAUUACGUGUGGGUCCCGAACCCGAAAAAAGCUGGACACAAGCAGAAGACGCUUGACCCACUGGACAAUAUGUCGAUCAGUAAACUGUCAGGUCAACCACAACCCAUCCCAUCUAAAGAUGUCACUGAACAGUUAAUCCCUGAGCAGAUGGAGAGACAGAGAGAGGAGGCCCGAGUGUUUGAUGAUUUCCCUGUUCUGAAGAAAAAGUAUGCAAGUGCUCACUCGGGAACUAGUCGUGGGACUGGCUUCAGCCGUGGUGGUACCGGUAAUCAGAGAUCCGCCAGACCAUAUGUUGAUGCUGACAGCCUGCAAGAACUUCUGGAACUACCGAGGGAGAUUCUCAUGAGCGUUCUUGAACAUGCCAAGGAAAGCGACUUCACAUCCAAAGAAAGAAUUCAUGACAUCAUCCGGCAGUUCCACCCUCCUCCUAGUCCCGUCUCUAUAGAAACAUCAGAACUCCUGCAACAGAAGAAGCUCCGUCUCCUAGGAAACAAGGAAAAGAAUAUGCGCAAUCCGGAUCUGAUGAUGGUGAAGCCAGUAUUCCAGCUGGACAGUGGUGUUGAGAGGUCAAGUGAGGUGGUCACACCCAUGAAGGACCUGGCCAGUGAUGUGGGUUCAUCACGAGAUGAAGAAUCCCUUAGAGGCUCCCUAAGUUCAAAAAAGCCAUUACCAAAUAUUAAAGCUGCACCAAAGUACGAAGGACUAAGCAAAAUCCCCUCGAUCUCGCUGGGUCUCCCUGAGCUGCCCACCGGCAUCAGACAGACUCGACCUUUCGCCUACAAGAAGCAGCAGUACAUGGACUUCAGUUUAGGUCCAGUCUUCACCCCAAUGUCCACUGAACGCAGCUCAGAUACCCCGGGGUCUGACCAUGGCACCACAGUGAGGGCUAACUUGGCUUCAGCAUCAACCAGACUACAGGACAGAGAUCUGUAUCAGUAUGACAAGAGGUACAGCAGAGAAGGGACACCCAUGACCGAAAACAGUAUUGCUCUUCAAGGCAUCUCCCCAUCAACUUCAGCCAAACUACCUAGAACACCAAUGGCCACGCCAGUAACUCAUCCCUCGCCAACCAAAACUUCCUUCCAAAGAGACAGAACCAACAUGUCUGCUCCCAAUGCUUCCCAGAGUCCGCCUCCAUCACGGGACAUCUCUAUGUCACCCAUACAGAAGAUGAUUGCCCCAGCCAACUCCCCAAACCAGUCUCCUGCAGCCUCCCCGGAACCUGGAACUAGAGGUCUUGGCACCAUCCCCGAGACGAUGAUGGAGAAUGGUGCAAUACGAAUUGGUCUGUCAUCUCGGGGCAAGAUGGUCAGCUUUGUCGGAGAGGUACCACCACCACCUCCUGGCUCUCUUGAUGAGAGACACAGCUACACAGUCUUUCUGAGCAAUCCAGACCAUUCUUCCAGUGACACUAAGCAGGACUGUAGGCAGGACUCUAAGCAGGACUCUAAGCAGGACAGGUCCAACAACAGUGCUGCUGAAAGACGAGGAGGUCAUGAAACACGUUCCAGAGCAGGCAUCACGUCCCCUGCUUCUGCUUCAUCCAAUGAAGAAUGGCCAAAUGUGAAUGAAGCUGCAUUUGAAGCGGCUCCCUAUCCUCACUCCACUGGCUUGAGAUCAGACUCCGAUCGCCUUGGACUGAGUUCAGCCGAAAGGAGCUCUAAGACUCCAGCCUCGAAGUCAAGAUCAAAUUUGGAAAGUCGGGAAUCUGAUAAGAGCUCUGUGGUCAGGUUGCUUAUGGAUGAGAGUGUGAAGACAGAGUCUCCAGGACCUCCUCCUCCAUCUCCUGAACCCAAGGACAUGAAGAGGACUCUGGAGGAGAAAAGGCUGCAGGAUGUUAAGUCCAGGGAGUCUCUGUCCAUGGCACCACUCUAUGAAGAGAGUGAGUUUGGAGAGUCACAUGGUCUUGAUGGCUCUCAUGACCCUGGAGUGAUGAAAACUGUCUGUGAGGUCAUUCCUAAGCCAAAGAGUGGAAAGCGGGUUAUUUCUGUAGACACAUUUGUUAAUGUUGAUAUCCAGGCUGACAGGAAUGCUAUCAAACCUGAUGGUAAGGAUACAUACACGUCAGAGGCUUCAUCUCGGCCUGGGACAGAGAGAUCAGAUGCUGAGGAUUCAGAUCAGAGAGUAGGAGAAGAUAGAGAUGCUCAAGACAAGAAUGAAGUACAGGUGUCAAGGCAAACUACUGGUUUCAGUAAAGAGGUAGAUCCUUUGAAUCUUUCCGGCAUUAUGGAUGUUGACCCAGUUGAUUACAACACUGCUCAAGGGAGUGAACAGGACACCUCAUCAACAGAACCUGCUGACAAUCAGGCAGAAUAUUCUGUAGGGGCAUCAGCUCCACCUCCAGAAGAACCUGAAAUGGAACAAGAGUCCACUGUGCUUCCAUUAGAAACCCCAGAUAUGGAGGAAACAUAUAUUGAUACUGAAGACAAUGACUCAGAAGCAGGAUCCCUGGAUCAGCAGCCACCUGUAGAUGCAACUGCACCACCUCCUGAAGAUGAAGAAUCUGACAAAGAGAGAGGUGGAGAGUCUGAAUACCCACAUGAUGAACUGCCAGUUGACGAGUCCAGUUGUGAUGAUUCUAAUCAGGUAAACAAAGAGGAAGAGAAUACCUACCAAGAUGCUCCAACUUUUGGAUCAGAGAAGUCAGAUGCUGAGGAAGACGCAUCAGUUGCAGAUGACGCGAGCAUCCCAGCUCCGGUCACACGCACGAAUACAGCCAUCCAGAUAGUGAAGUCUGUGAUAGAAACAGCUGAAGCAAAUGUGGAUGAGAUCAUUAAAUCCGGCGAGACGCCUGAAGAUGAUAAGGAUAUUUAAAAUGGGAAUGUGUGGUUUUUGUGCAGUUUGUGAUAAAAACAGUUUUAUGGGGAAAAUGUAUGAUUGUAUUUGUAGAUACUAUUAGAUUGUUUUGUGUACAGUGAUUUUAUUACAAUUUUAAUAUGUUAUCAGGAAAUGACUGUAAGUGUUUAUGAUGAACAGUGUGUUCUGUAUUAUUUUAAUUAUAAUUUUAUGUGAACAGGAAUUCAUAGUUUUGGCAAAGACAAACAAAUGGUAUUUUUUAUAUCUAGAGUAUAUAUACAUAUUUUGCAUGUAUAUUAUAUGAAAUACCAUAAAACCAUAUCUACUUUCAAAACAUUUUAUGUAUGCCUUUAACAUUGCAUUGUCGCUGCUGUUAAAUGCUUUAUGUCAAAUAUUCAGGAAUCUACAGUUAAACUGGCUUCCAAAUGUUUCAUGAUUUUGAAAUUUCCAAUGUAAUGAAACAAAGUUACAGUAUAUGUCCAAUAUAUUUUGUCCCAUUAUAUCUGUAUGUAUAUAUAUAGUUUCUAAGAUUUCCAUAUUAAUAUUUUCUAAGUAAAUGAAAAUUAAAUAUGUAAUAUCUUUUUGAAGUGAUUUGCAAUUGGUGUGUGUUCCUGUCUUCGGUGUCAGGAUGUAUGUUGUGAUGACAUUAUAUUCUCCGAUGUUUGAAAAACAGUGUUAUGAUUAACUGUUUCUGGAUGCAGUGUUACACAGUAUCAAUAUUUUGGGUGGAAAGAUCAUUUGUAAUAACUGAUAUUUGCGCAUGUAUGCUUUGGGGAUGUUUGUGGUGACUUGUCAGUUGAAGUGAUAUAAUGUCACAUUGCUUGGUUGUUUCUCAGCAGAAUGUAGUAAGAGCUACUGGCAUCAUGAACUGAUGCAUGGCCUAGUAGAUAGAGCGUUCGCUCAUCACACUAAAAACCUGGGAUCGAUUCCCGAUGUGGGUACAAUGUGUGAAGCCCAUUUCUGGUGUCUUCCACCAUGAUAUUGCUGGAAUAUUGCUUUAGCGGAAUUGGCGUAAAACCAUACUCUCUCAUCAAAACAAUACACUCAGAUUUCAGUGAACUUUCUGUGUAGGGUUGACAACCUCUGUUUAUUUUCUUCCUCAGAAUUACAUAUUAUCUGUCCUUCAUGAAUGAAUGCCUUAAGUUCUUCAUCAAAAGCUUUUUGCUUACAAAUUCAUUACCUCAAAA